ACAGCCCACCGCCGCGCUAACUUCCUCCCAGUUUACACCAGUAACACUGAAACUGUGCUACUGCUGGGCUGUGAAUUCAUACAAGAAAAGCUGAAGUAGAAAAAGAAAGCUUGUAGUUUAACUGUCACCUGCCUGCGCGAAGAGAGGUGCUGAUUUUAUUUGCUCUGAGGUUAGCUAACAGCCUGUUAGCUAGCAUGCUGCUGUCUCCACACAUCACACUUCUCCUCUCGGAUUAAUUUAAUCUCGUCAUGACCGAGUUAAAAUGUCGAAAAACAGACACUUUGGAGGGAGAUAAAGAAGAGGACGAGAGCACGAAUGAGCCCGAGGAGCAGACGUCAAGUAUUAAGGAGCAGGUGAGCUCAGAGGAGGGUGAGGGCGGUGUGUCCACUGGUGGAUAUGGAGAGGACAAGCAGCAGAGAGAUGAAGGUGAAGUUAAAGAAGAGGAGGCUCAACACAAAGAGGAAGAAUCAAACACACCAGAGUCAUCUGUCAAAACGUUGAAGAGCUCCUCUGCAUCGGGUUUUUUGCAGCGCCUGGUGAGGGUUUUUCUCGGGUGUCUGGCAGCAGUUGCUUGUGGCAUGCUUUAUGCCGCGUAUCUGUCUGCGUAUCAUGACAGAAAGUUCUGGUUUUCAACAAGACAGGAGCUGGAGCGUGAAAUCACCUUCCAAGGAGGCAGCGGGCUCUAUUAUUACUACUAUAAGCACCUGCUGACGGCGCCGUCUUUUGAAAGAGGGUUUUAUGAGCUGACAGUCGAUAACAGGACUGUUUCAGGUCAGACCAUCAACGCAGUGGAGCGUUUAUCUCUGUAUCCAGAGCUCAUCACAAGCCUCAUAUACAGACUCACAGGCAGCCAGGAUUUUGUGGAGCCAAUCUACUUCUAUGUCGGAGCGAUUUUUGGGCUCCAGGCGAUCUAUGUCACCGCCCUGUUUGUGUGCAGCUGGGUGAUGAGCGGCACCUGGGUGGCCGGCAUGUUGGCUGUGGCCUGGUACGUGAUCAACAGACCAGACACAACCAAAGUGGACUAUGCCAUUCCUCUGCGGGACAACUGGGCUCUGCCUUAUUUCUCUUGCCAGGUUGCAGCUUUGACUGGAUUCCUGAGUAACAACAUCAGCUCUGCCACUGAGAUGUUUUGCUAUCUCACCAUGAGUGCCACCACCUUCACCUUCCUCCUGGUGUGGGAACACAGCCACUACGUGCUCUUCAUCCAGGGCCUCUGUCUUUUCUUGCUUGACUCUUUUGACCUGGUGCCUACACGUAAGAUGGCCGACAUUCACAAGGUGUACCUCAGUUCGUUGUUCCUGGCCUACCUGUUCCAGUUUCAGAACCCGACCCUGCUCAGCUCGCCUCUGCUCAGCCUUCUGAUUGGCUCAGUGCUCGCGAGGUACUUCCAGCAAAAGAUGAAGAUGGGACCUCUUGUGGCCAGAGUUAUGAAGCUCUUCCUACAUUUCCACCUCGUCUUUACCACAGGGAUCACCUUCAGUUAUCUAGUGAAGAAACUUAUACCUGUAAGUGAGAGUGACUUCUUUUUGAAAUUCCUCGAAGUCAAAUUUGGGCUCAACACAACAACUGACUUCAUCACAAACUUCCUCCUGUGCCAAGAGAGUUUCCAAACACCAGGUCAGGACUUAUUUCUUCGACUGACGCAGGCCUCAGUCCUUCCUUUCUACGUCCUGGUGCUCGCUGUCUGCUUGCUGUCCACACUGCAGACCAUCUACAGAAGACUCAGUGGCCAGCCAAUGAGAACCAACCUCAAACUUGAAGAUGGGCGAAUAGGAGAGCAGCCAGAGGUCAUCUAUCAUGUUUUUCACACAAUGCUAUUUGGAGGCCUGGCUCUGCUGUUUGAUGGGAUGAAAUAUUUAUGGACCCCGUACGUCUGCAUGUUCACAGCGUUCGGUGUGUGUUCUCCAGACCUCUGGAUGACUGUGUUUAAGUGGCUCAAACUGAAGUCCAUCCACCCUGUAGUUCUGUCUCUGAUCCUGAGCACAGCGGUUCCUACCAUCAUUGGUUUCAGUUUGUGGAGAGAGUACUGCCCUCGUGUCUUAGCAGAGCUGUCAGAUCUGCAGGAGUUUUAUGAUCCGGACACAGUGGAGCUGAUCAGCUGGAUCAAGUCACAGGCUCCGGUGGCGGCUGUGUUUGCCGGCAGCCCUCAGCUGUUGGGAACGGUGAAGUUGUGUUCAGGUUCAGCUGUGACCAGUUUGCCGCUUUACUCUGACAUCAACCUGCUGAGGAGGACUGAGGAUACCUACCAGGUGUAUGCGAUGAGAUCUGCAGAGGACAUCUACAAGAUUCUCACCUCUCAGAAGACAAACUAUGUGAUCAUCGAGGAGUCGAUUUGUAACGAGCUGAGUCUUAAUAAAGGCUGCAGGAUCAAAGACCUGCUGGACAUCGCCAAUGGACAUGUUGUUUAUGACAAAGGAGAGAUUUACUCUUUCUCCAAACAUGGGAGAUUCUGCCAUGAGAUAAAGAUGAACUACUCGCCCUACACAAACUACUUCACUCGGGUUUUCUGGAACCGCUCGUACCACGUCUACAAAGUGAACUCUGUCAUCUCCUUUCAGUACUGACAGCAGCCGCUCGGCCCCUCUGCAGUGUUUUACAUCGUAUCCACAACGUUACACCGAGGACUCAGAGAAAAGUCUAAUCACUGGUACCUGCCACAUCGUAAUGUAGAAGGCGAAGCUGCAAAUUCAACUGGGAUCAGCUGAGCGCUUUGUUCUGGUGUUGGGCAGUUUAUUUUAAAUCAACAUUAAAUGUAACUGUUGAGGUUGAAUUUUGCCAUAAUACCCUCCGUACUGUUGUUUUAUAAGCCAUGUGUUACCGUUACUUUGAUGUAUUUAAUGAAGGGAGAGGUGGAUGUGCGAGUGUGUGUUCACUUUGCACAGAAGCUGAGAGCAGCUGUGGUCGCUGAAAUUUUUUUAAGGUUGCAAAAGGGAAGUGGGUCAGAUCUCCGCUUUUAAGCAAUUUCUGAGCAAAUUCGUUUCUCACAAAACCGUGGAAAAAGGGGAAUGAGUAACUAAACAAAGAUAUGGCCCAAAAAAUAGCAAGAAGUUAGUUUUAAAAAAUCUGUAAGAAAAUAACCUAAAAUUAGCACAAGAAAA